UUGGCAUUCCGGGAGGGGAUUCCACGUAGCGCGGGUUAGAGGGCGCCUCGGGCUCUGGCUUGGGUCGCCCUCCCUUUCCCAGUCCGUGCUCUGCGGAGCGCUCCGGAAGGAGAAAAACGGGGUCAGGAGAGGCCCCUGCAGUGGGAGCGCGGCGUUAUUUUCCCUCCGGGCGCUCUUCCUUUUCGUACGUCUUGUUCCCUUCUGGCCACUCCCCGUCGCCUGCUCUUUGGCUUGGGUUUUUCUUGGUAUUUGUGGGGCCCUUCGGCGUUUGGCGGUCCAGGUUAUGGUGGGGGGAGGGGGAAGAGGUAGGCUGCUGGGGGACGCCAGCGUUGGUGGAGGGAGGUCUGCCGAGGCGAGGAGGUGAGGUGCCGGGCGUGCACGUUUGGUGGGAGAGGAAGGACAGUGUCACUCCCUGCGUCCAAGCCCCGGGGACGACCUGAGGGGCUGCGAAGCGCUGCCUGGGGAGGUCUGCAUCACACCUGCGGAAGGGAGGGCGGGUGGCUGCAAGCUGCUCCUCUGCACGUUCCGCGGACCAGCUUUGGUUCCUCCAGGGUAGAGGUGGGCUGAGCCUUCACGCUUUAAGAGCUGGUGGCAUUUGACACCGUCGACUUGUAAGUUGCACCCUUUAACAAGGCGUUCAGUAACGCGCCUAGGGGUGAGAAAAGUGGUACGUUUACCUACAACCAAGAUUGAACUGUUUGGAAAACAGCUGCUGAAAAUGUUUCCAUUUUUGGAAAAAGUUGGCACAGAUUGAGCGUUUGCUGCUCCCCCUUCACCCGUCUGUGGUUCCUCUAUCCCAGUUUGUAGACAGAGUGUUCUUGUCCAGAAGGACCGUAGGAGUCAGACACAGCCAGCUGUGAAAACCACCGGAUAAGGUGGAACUGGGGAACAGUUCAGGAGAACAGUGGUGCAGGCGGAGUUGACCUGGAAACCUCUCCUUGGCCACUCAUUUCCACAGUCCACCUGCACGAACUGGUGGGGGAGCCUCUAGGAGCAGAGAAAAUGACCAUCUUCAGGCAGCUGUCCCUAGGCACAAAGGCCACCCUGGCCGCCGUCACUGUCUUCGUGUCCAUGAUCGCCUCCCGCUCUUUUCUGGCAGAGAGCCUCGAGCUCAGGGCCUGGCGUUGGCUGCUUCGCUUGCAGCUUGCCCUGUUUGUCAACUCGCUCAUGCUCAUUGGCUCCCUCUACAUUUGGCGCAGCACGGUCAGCAAUCUCUGCCACUCCCCAGCUGCGGAGUCAACCUGUUUUCAGCUUUGGAAGGUGGUGGUUCUGGCAUUUCUGGCCCUGGCCCAUUCCAGUUUCUUCACCAUGUUCUUUUUAGUGGCCGAGGAGCCUUAUCUGUUUUCCUUGGCAGCCUACUCCUGCCUGGGUGCCUACAUCAUCAUGCUCUUCUUCCUCUGCAUCCUCAGCGGCAUGGAGCAGGCCUACCAGCUCUUGGCCUGGCGCAGUGGUAGGGUCGUGGGCAGCCUUGACAAGACAAGGAAGCUGGUGCUCAGGCCUGCCUUGGCAGUGGGAGUGACAGCUGUGCUUAGCGUGGCAGGGAUUCUGAAUGCCGCGCAGCCCCCGGCGGUGAAGACUGUGGAGGUGCCCAUCCAUCAGCUGCCCACCUCAAUGAACAACCUCAAGAUCGUGCUCCUCUCAGACAUUCACUUGGGCCCCACAGUGGGCAGGACCAAGAUGGAGAUGUUUGUGAGGAUGGUGAAUGUGCUGGAACCAGACAUCACCGUGAUCGUGGGUGACCUCUCCGACUCAGAAGCCUCGGUCCUGCGGACAGCUGUCACUCCUCUGGAGCAGCUUCAGUCACGUCUCGGCGCCUACUUCGUCACAGGCAAUCAUGAGUACUACACGUCGGAUGUCAGCAACUGGUUUGCACUGCUGGAGUCCCUGCACGUCCGGCCUCUUCAUAAUGAGAACGUGAAGAUUUCCGCCACCCGGGCCCAACGUGUUGGUGGUGGCAGUGGCGGUGGGAGUGAGGACGAGGACUGGAUCUGCCUGGCUGGGGUGGAUGAUAUUGAAGCAGACAUCCUGCACUACUCUGGCCAUGGCAUGGAUCUCGACAAGGCCCUGGAGGGCUGCAGCCCGGACCACACGAUCAUCUUGCUAGCUCACCAGCCUCUGGCUGCCAAGAGAGCUCUCCAGGCCCGGCCAGAUAUUAACCUCAUCCUUUCUGGGCACACACAUGCUGGACAGAUCUUCCCCUUGAAUGUAGCAGCCUAUCUCCUGAAUCCCUUCUUUGCUGGUCUCUACCAAGUGGCCCAGGCCACGUUUGUAUAUGUCAGCCCAGGCACAGCCUACUACGGGAUACCCAUGAGGUUGGGUAGCAGGGCGGAGAUCACAGAGCUCAUCCUGCGACGGGCUUCCUGAACUGGCCCUGCCCUGCGCACCUCUGC